ACAUCACGUGGCUGUCGGUUGUGGCCGCGGUCAUGUCGUUCGCCUACUCGUUCAUCGCGCUUGCGCUAUCGGUGGCGGAGUGGGUGUCUUACGGUGGCUCAUAAGCAAAGACAACUACAGCGAUCAAUCGUGCCGAGCGAUGGCGGCGUUGCGGGGGAUCGGCGCGAAGCUGUCGGAGAACCGGGAGAAGGUGACGAGCGCGCUGCUGCUGGGCUCGUUCGUGGCGCUGGCGGUGCGGUCGUCGGAGCAGCAGCGGGAGCUCGACGACCUGGAGGCCCGCAAGGCGUCCAUCCGCGCCGCCAACUCCGCCAUGUCCUCCGCCAUGUGGGCAUGGAGGGAGGAGCUCUUCGCGCUCGCCGCCAAGCCCUCCCCGCCCAUCACCGCCGCGCGCCUCCGCCACAUCUACGGCGAGGAGGAGCCCGUCCUGCCCGCGCCCAAGCAGCAAGGUCUUUUCCGGAUGGCUGCCCAACACCUCCUGCAUCAUUGACUACAUGGCCAUUAUCUUCUUCGAGUACUUUCACUUCAACCAUGAUGGAACUGCAUGACAAGAAGAACAGAUAAGUACUCCCUCCGUUCCGGAAUAUGCUUGUGCAAAUCUAAUGAUGAUGCUUGUGCAAAUAUGCUUGUGCUUAUGCAAAAAUGAUGAUACAUGGCCAUUAUCUGAAGUUUCGGCCUUCAAUAAUCCUGCCCCAACCAGCCUGCAUACUUUGCUCGCUGAUAUGCUGUUUCUAAAGUUUUCACAUGUUCUUUUUUUUAAGGGGGUUUUCACAUGUUCUUAGGAAUGCAGUUUAUUAGGAAUGCAGUUUCAAGUGAACCAAUAUGUGUAUUAUUAGGACUGUGGUUUUGGCCAUGCGAAAUUGCCACGAUUCCACAUCUUUGCUGUACACAACUACGGAGUACAUCAAGCUCUUCACAGCUGUGUAACCACAAGUUGUGCUACUUUGAGCUACUAUGCUUAUAAUAAUUCAUCUUCCAGGGCUUAGGCCUGCGCCCAGGAGUUAUUGAUGGUGCAAUCAGUAUUUCAGCAUUUCAGUGGUUGUGCAAUGCUGACAAGUCAUCUCAUGAACCAAGAUUGCGGUUAAAAAAUUUGUGGCUCUUAAGAUCCAGAAGAGCGCGCCAGAGUUUGCUCAAGAUUUGAAUUGGUAACCAUGUGGCACUUGCAAUGAUCAGAAUAUAACCUUGACGAGCUGCCACUGCCUGAUGAAGAAGAGCUGGCGCUGCCGGAUGAAGAAGAGCUGGCGCUGCCGGAUGAAGACGAGCUGGCGCUGCCGGAUGAAGACGAGCUGCCGCUGCCAGAUGAAGACGAGAUGCCGCUGCCAGAUGAAGGAGCGUGGCGAGCAGCGUGGCGAACUGGAGGCUGGCGAGCUUGAAUAUGGGGAGGCGGGCGGCGGAGCCAAUCUGAGGCAAGCGGUUCUUCAGGAGGGUGUCGACAAGGAGGAGGCGGAGGCGGGUGGCGGAGCUGUCGCUUCGGCAGCUGUCGAGCAGGAGGGGCCCGAGGAGAAGCAGGCGGAGGCGGGUGGCGGUGCUGCCGCUCCAGCAGCUGUCUAGCAGGAGGUGGCCGAGGAGAACUAGGCGGAGGCGCGUGGUGGAGCUGCCGCUCCAGCAGCUGUCAAGCAGGAAGUGGGCGAGGAGAACCAGGCGGAGGUGCCUGGUGGAGCUGCCGCUCCAGCAGCUGUCGAGCAGGAGCUGGGCGAGGAGAACCAGGCACAGGCGCGUGGUGGAACUGCCGCUCCAGCAGGGUGGAGAGCAUGGCGCUGCUCCGGAGGCUGACGAUCGAUCGAUCGAUUCCAGAUCCGUAUUCCAGGCGGAGGUGCCUGGUGGAGCUUCCGCUCCAGCAGCUGACUUCUGGAUCGAUUCCGUCUGGAUCGAUUCAAGCUCCGGCGGCGUGGUGGAUCGAUUGUCCUGGUGGAGCUCCGUCUGGAUCGAUUGCCCUGGUGGAGCUCCGUCUGGAUCGAUUCCGUCUGGAUCGAUUCCAGCUCCGGGCGCGUGGUGGAGCUGACGGCGAAUGGAUACGGGACUGACUGAUCAGAUCUGAGAGUAAUUUUUUGUUAUGUUUUGAAAUAUGCAGGACUGGAUUGUAAAAUGACAUUUGUGAAACCGUUUUCCUCCCCCAAGUUAAUUAAAAAGGGACGGAGGGAGUA